AUGCCGCCCGCGUUGUCUCUUGAGGAUCACGCAAAAGCCAAGGAGUUCGGCGCCUUCCUGCGCCACUUGGGUCUCUCAAACUGCCUGCAGUUAUUUAUGGAGCAGUGGCAGCAGCUGGUGAAGCAGCAGGAUGCUGCCAACCCCGUAGGAGCGAAGAAGGGCCCCAAGAAGAGCCGGUCUGGCGCGUCGUCGCGAUCGCGUAAGGGUUCGUCCUGCGCUGCUUCUAACCUUCAAAUUCUGCAAACUAAGCACCGCGUGGUGACCUCCACCGGUGUUGAGGAGGAGCUGUGGGAGCUAUCGGGUGAGGACUAUCUUGCACCAAACUUCGAACGAGGGGCGGGCGUGUCCUUGUCGACGUACAAGGAGCUGCAAGGCUCCGGGCAGACGCGGCUUGUGCAAACCAGGCCAUACUUUAAGGAGGCGCCGCCCGCCAAUUUACCGUUGGAUUCCUUUCCCCUUCGCGUAGUUUAUGAGGUGGGGAAGACGGGGUUCGAGGAGGAAAAAGAUUUUGCCAUAGUUGCGGAUACCGUAGUUGCUGGUCGGUAUCAGAUGCUGCAAUUUCUCGACUCCGCUGCAUUCUCCCGGGCUGUUCGCUGCAUGGAUCUACAAGAGGAAAGAGAAGUUUGCCUCAAGGUAAUACGCAACUCGAAGGAUUUCUUUGAUCAAAGCCUGGAUGAGGUCAAGCUGCUGAAGCUUAUCGACUCCUCUGGGGACACGGAGGAGAACUGCGUGGUGAAGCUGUACGACUAUUUUUACUACAAGGAACACAUGUUCAUAGUAACGGAAUUGUUGCGUGACAACUUGUACCAAUUCAGCAAAUUUAAUCGAGAAGAGGAGACAGAAUUUUAUUUUACUCUUCCUCGUUUGCAAGCCAUAGCGCGACAGAUUUUGACGGCUCUCUCCUUUCUGCAAACUAUUGGCGUAGUGCAUUGUGACCUCAAACCGGAGAAUAUACUCAUCCGCUCAUUUAGCCGAUGUGAGGUAAAAAUCAUCGACUUUGGGAGUAGCUGCUACCUGACAGACAAACUCAGCUCCUACGUGCAGUCCCGUUGCUACCGCGCCCCUGAGGUGAUACUUGGUUGCAAGUAUGAUGGCCGUGUUGAUAUUUGGUCCCUGGGGGCCAUUUUGGCCGAACUAGCGACGGGCCACGUUCUGUUUGAGAACACGUCUUUGCCACAGAUGUUGGCGGCCAUCUGUAGCGUCUGCGGCCCUUUGCCGGCCUCUAUGCUGCACGAAGGGCGCAACACAUACCUUUUUGUGACAAAGUAUGGUGCCUUUUACGAGUUCUGGGAGAGGAAGGAGCUCGUGUUCCAUUUUCCUGUUCCGGCAAGUUCGUUAGAAACACUUUUUGGGUACGACGACCCUUUAUACCUUGAGUUUGUUCGGGCGUGUCUCACAAUUGAUCAUUGUAGGCGGCCUACUGCGGACGAGUUGCUGCAGCACCCCUUCUUGCAGAAGGACUACGGCAGCGCGCGCAGCUCCCCGCCGCCGCUGAAGCGAAAAGUGCCUGACCAUGACGCACCACCAAGUUCUAUUGUAGCUACUGAAGUGAAAUCUCCGUUGGUGCAGCACGCAGCAUAG